CGUACGCAAUAUGUACUUCAAAUCAGCUCAAAAAAUGGAAGCGAAACAACAACUCAAAGUUGGAAUGCUUGGAACAAUGCCCUCAAGAGCUAUGCCUUCCCAUCAGCUGAAGUUCGAACCACAAAAAUAUGAAAGGCCCCUGCUCACCAUGAAUGUGGCAUUGUUGGAUCAAUCGGCCAUGGAUGGAAGUCUACGACAUGGGCAAAAAGCGCCCAGUGAAAGCACAAUGGUUGAGAAGCCAACAAUGGACUAUGUAAAUCGGCCGGAAGGCGAAAUGGAUAUGAUGAUCGGUUUUUUCUUAAUGAAUGGUGUAUGUGUAGCGUUCUUCUUGUUAUUCGGAUUGUGUGUCAUAUUCUCGUGCUUACGGCAACGACCAAAAAUCUUUCGUAAACAGCGGACUGUACGUAAACAAGCAGCAGUACCUGCGCCACCUGCGCCAAAGUUCAAAACUUUGGUCUCACAAGCGAUACGAACUGGAAAGAUGGACAAGCUGAAGACAGUGGUGGAAGAUGUGGAGGAUUCAGCAGAAAAGAAAGAGAUUGAAGCUCGGCAUGAUGGAAAUUCGGUGAAUGUCCAUCUUGUACCACCAAAAGCGGAGAGGAAAAGCAUGAACAGAGAAUCUCAGCAACUUGAAUCACAACAAUCAGUCAUCGAAGUCGAAAGUGAAGCAGAAGUUUAUCCGAAGACGUCCGUCAUACGGCAGAAUUUGUUAAUUAAUCGACGCCGCUCACCGUUUAGCUCAGCGCUGUUCACAGUGUAAAAUAGAGAAGGUCCAGGCUCUUUCUAAUCAAAAGGAAGGUGAAGAGCAGGAUCAAUUCGCC